AUGAAACGUCUGCUGCCAACUUCAUCGGUGCUCCUCAUUCCUCCAAAUCGCAAUUCCCAAUCUUCUGAACUGAAGCUUUACAGCGGCACAUCAGCGAUUGCUCCUGCGAUGCCGUUUCCUACUCGCAACAUCACUCUGGCCUCGCUCAUCGCCGGCUAUGGUGCGACGACAUGGUGGCGACGUGUCGAAGACGGCGGCCAGGUGCCGGCCUUUGCCUUGUCGCUCUUCCUAUACGCCUUCUCCGGGGUCUGGGCGCUUCUGGCAACUGGCUGGCUGGUGUAUGCCGUCUUCCUGUACCCGUUUGUCUUGUCGCCUCUGCGCCAUCUCCCACAGCCUGGCGGCAACGAGUUUAUGCUGGGCCACCACCGGCGCAUCUUGCGCGAGCCGACCGGUGCCCCGGCAGCCGAUUGGAUCAACUCGAUUCCCAAUGACGGCCUGAUCCGAUACAUGACCAUCUUCAACCAGGAGCGGCUGCUGGUGACCAAGCCCAAGGCGCUGUCCGAGGUGCUAGUGUCUAAGAACUACGACUUUUGCAAGCCGCGGCUGAUGCGUCAGGCGCUGUCGCGCGUGCUGGGCGUCGGCAUCCUGCUGGCCGAGGGCGACGAGCACCGGUACCAGCGCAAGCUGCUGACGCCAGCCUUUGCCUUCCGCCACAUCAAGAACCUGUACCCGGUGUUCUGGCGCAAGGCGCGAGAGAGCGCGGAGGCGAUCCGGCGGGCGACGGCAGAGGCGCAGACAAAACAGACAAAACAGACAGAAGCCGGAUCGCGUGAGCCUCACGAUGCGGCUAUCUCGAUCGGUGGCCUGGCCUCGCGGACGACGCUUGACAUCAUCGGCCUGGCGGGUCUAGGCCGCGACUUUGGCGCGCUGCAGAACCCAGACAACGAGCUGGCGACGACGUAUCGCACGGUGCUACAGCCCAGCGGCCAGGCUCGUCUGCUGGGGCUGCUGGCCCUGGUGCUGCCGCGUCCCCUUCUCGUCCGGCUGCCGCUGAGGCGCAACCGCGAAAUGAUCGAGGCCGGCCGGUUCCUGCGCCAGACGUGUGCCGACCUCGUGCAGGAGAAGAAGGCCAAGCUGGCCCGGAGGGUGGCUGUGGCUGCCGCUGAAGGGGACUCUGCUGCCUCUGCUUCUGCCGACAUUGACAUCCUCUCGGUGGCCCUCGAGUCGGGCGGCUUUACGGACGCCAAUCUGGCCGACCAGCUGAUGACCUUUCUGGCGGCCGGCCACGAGACCACGGCCUCAGCCAUGACCUGGGCCGUCUACCUCUUGUGCCUCCACCCCGACGUCCAGGACCGGCUGCGGGCGGAGGUGCGCGCCCAUCUGCCGCCGCUGGGCGACCGCGCGGGUGCGCCGCCGGCCGUCGAUGCCACUUCGGUCGACAUCGACCAGCUGCCAUACCUCGGGGCCGUGUGCAGCGAGGUGUUGCGCUACUAUGCGCCCGUGCCCAUGACUCUGCGCGAGGCUGCCGUCGACACCACCAUCGCCGGCCAGUUCGUCCCCCGCGGCACGCCCAUCAUCCUGGCGCCCUGGGCCGUCAACAAGAGCGAGGAGCUAUGGGGCCGUGACGCUGCCCAGUUCAACCCGGACCGCUGGCUGCACAAGGCCGUUGACGGAACGACGGCCGGUGCGCCCUCCAACUACGCCUUCAUGAGCUUUCUCCACGGCCCGCGCAGCUGCAUCGGCAUGGCUUUUGCCCGCGCCGAGUUCGCCUGCCUGCUAGCUGCCUGGGUCGGCCGGUUCUCGUUCCGGCUGCGCGAUGCCGCCGACCUGGACGAGGCCAACAUCAAGAUCCGCGGCGGCAUCACUGCUCGUCCAUCUAAUGGGCUGUUCGUGCACGCUACCUCGCUAGACGGAUGGUAG